AUGAACGCAUUUCACAUCUUUGCCGCCGUAGCUGGCGUUUUCGGAGCCUUCGUGGCCAGUGUACCUUCUGUGAUGGCUGUUGGCCACCGUUGCGUGCUGGGCAGUGGUAGCGAGAUCAUUGAGCAGGGUCCUUCCCGCCUUCUCAUUGUCGGAAACCCUAUCAUAGAUAUGUCGGCUUCUGUUGAUUAUUCCGUCGUUGAGCAGCUCAAUCUUAUCAAGGGAGAGUCUAAGGGACUUGUGACCCCGGAGGAUUUCAAAAAGCUCGGCGACUCUAUCACCGUUCAAGCCCGCAAUGCUGGUGGCGCGUCUGGCAACACUGCUCGCGCAUACGGUUAUCUCGGUGGCCAGGUUGCCUUCCUUGGUCGUUGCGGCGAGGAUGAGUUUGCUGACCAGUUCAGCCAGUCUCUUGCCGAAAACGGUGUUGAAGACCUCACCAUCCGCAUUCCGGACAACUUCACCACCCAACUGUACUCGCUUGUUACGCCUGACGCUGAGCGCACGAUGUACGUGCUAUCGGGAGCUUCCCGCACGUUGGAAUCGGCUGAUGUUGAUGAGAGCUUGAUGGACAACUUCGACUACUAUGUUGUGGACGCUUUUGUGUACUUCGGCGAUGAGCGUGUUGCUCUUACCAACAAGAUGGUUGACGCUGCUCUUAGCCGCGGUAAGGGUGUCAUAACUCUUUUUUCGAACAUGACCUGCAUUCGUCGCAGUGGUGAAUUGUUGAGGCAACUUGCUGACAAAUCUACCUACAUUUCUGGAAACGUUGAGGAGUACUGCGCGUUGUAUGGUAUGCCUAACCGUGAACAAGUGUUCCGUAUGUUUGAAGAGCGCACCUCUGGACCCAACCCUCAACACAAACUCGUGAUCAUCACCAUGGGUCACCUGGGUGCGAUGGUUGUGUACCAGGGUAAGCGCUACCCUGUGCCUCCUUGCGACGUGAGCGUCGUUGACACGACUGGUGCAGGUGACUUCUUUGCUGGUUCGUUCCUCUACGGUGUGCUGAACGGUUGGACCAUAAGGAAGUCUGCUAAAUUCGCAAUUGCUAUGGUUGGCGAUAUCCUUUCGCACAUGGGUAUCAGCAUCAGCGAUGGAACCCGCGCUAAGAUCGACGCUAUCAAGGGUAUUGCGUGA